AGAGCAGAACGUAACUCAUCAAAGAGCUACUCUCCGAACUCUGAAGCUCACUCUUUUGACACAGGCGAUACAGUGUCUGCUCACCAGUGUUGAGAGAGAGAGAGAGAGGUAGAGAACGCCUAAGAAACGAUGGGUAAGAAGUUGUAUUUGCGUCAAGAUACAGAAUCCUCUCGGGUUUGGGCCCCCAAAUUCCUCGCGGAGUUUCGCGCCUCCGGGAAAGAGUCUCACACAUUUGACAGUACUCUUACAAAUAGCGACCGUGGCAUUAUUCAUCACAUGUGCCAAAAGAUGGGUAUCCGAUCAAAAAGUUCAGGGAGUGGGGAUCAAAGGCGUCUUUCGAUUUUCAAAUGUGUAGCUGGCACUUCAAUGUCAGACAGGGCAAAAAGGUUGGAGGGAAGAAAUAAGCAAAGCGAUGGCAAGGGAAAGGUUGCAGAACGUGCCAGUAGAAAGAAGCUCAAAUGUGUGUCAUUCCCACAAGAGGCAAAACCUGUUCUGCAGGAGCUGUUUACUCGCUAUCCACCUUGUGACGGAGAUACUACAGGGACAUCACUUGGCAUAUAUACUGGACACUUUGGCGAUCAACGGAAAUGGAAAGAUGAAUUUUUCGGGAAACCUCAGAUGAAACAAAAAGAUGUUCUAAGUAAGGCGGCAUCUCUGAGUUCUAGACUGGCAAACGAUAAAAAAUUUCGGGAGAUCUUUAAAGCACGAACGAAGCUUCCCAUCGCAUCUUUUAAAGAUGCCAUCACAUCUGCAGUGGAAUCCAAUCAGGUUGUUCUUAUUGCUGGUGAAACUGGUUGUGGAAAAACUACUCAGGUGCCUCAAUAUCUUCUAGAUCAUAUGUGGUAUAGUAAGCGAGAAUCUUGCAAAAUCAUUUGCACCCAGCCACGUCGUAUCUCAGCUAUUUCAGUUUCUGAACGAAUUUCUUGGGAAAGAGGUGAGACUAUAGGGAAAAACGUCGGCUACAAGGUGCGGCUGCAAAGUAAAGGUGGAAGACAAUCAUCAAUUGUUUUCUGCACGAAUGGCAUUCUGUUGAGGGUGCUUGUAGGCAAAGGCGGUGGUAGUUGUAUUCCUGAUAUAACUCACAUUAUUGUGGAUGAAAUUCAUGAAAGGGAUUGCUACUCUGAUUUCAUGUUGGCGAUUAUAAGGGAUUUCCUUCCUUCAAAUCCUCAUCUCCGACUGAUUCUAAUGAGCGCAACUCUUGAUGCUGAGAGGUUUUCCGGAUAUUUUGGAGGCUGCCCGGUUGUCCGAGUGCCUGGAUUCACUUAUCCAGUGGGAACCUUUUAUCUUGAAGAUGUGCUCUCUGUCCUGAAAUCAGACAAGAAUAAUCAUCUGAUUUCUGCAGACUCGAACAUAAUAGUUGGCAAGCGUGAUAUUACAGAUGAAGAUAAAGUUGCUUUAGAUGAAGCAAUCGACUUGGCAUGGAAUAGUGAUGAGUUUGAUGCUCUCUUAGAUCUAGUUUCUUCUGAAGGAAGUCAUGAGGUUCAUAAUUACCAGCAAUCAUCGACCUGGCUAACGCCACUUAUGGUCUUUGCUGGAAAGGGAAGGAUUACCGAUGUCUGUAAGCUCCUCUCACUUGGCGCCGACUGUAAACUGAAGUCCAAAGAAGGUAUAACUGCAUUAGAGUUGGCCGAAAAAGAGAAUCAAUUUGAAGCUGCUCAAAUAAUCAGGGAACAUGCGGAUAACUUGCAGUCCAAUUCUCAACAAUCACAAGACCUACUUGAUAAGUAUAUGGCGACAAUCAAUUCAGAAGAAGUAGAUGUGGGUCUUAUAGCACGUUUAAUCAGGAAAAUAUGUACCGGUUCAGAAGUUGGUGCCGUUCUUGUUUUUCUACCUGGAUGGGAGGAGAUAAGUAAAACGAAAGAGAAAUUGCUUGCUAGCCCCUAUUUUGCAGAUACUGCUAAAUUUAACAUUGUAUGUCUUCACUCAAGGGUUCCGGUAGAGGAACAGCAGAAAGUUUUUCAACGCCCCCCUCAUGGUUGUCGCAAAAUUGUGCUUGCGACAAAUAUUGCUGAAUCAGCAGUUACUAUUGAUGAUGUGGUCUAUGUGAUAGAUAGUGGCCGGAUGAAGGAAAAGAGUUAUGAUCCUUAUAAUGAUGUGUCAACGCUCCAAUCUUCUUGGGUUUCAAAAGCAAAUGCAAAACAGCGGGAGGGUCGAGCAGGGCGGUGCCAACCUGGCAUUUGUUAUCAUCUCUAUUCUCAACUUCGGGCAGCCUCUUUGGCUGAAUUUAGAAUUCCUGAAGUUAGGAGGAUGCCAGUAGAUGAACUCUGCUUGCAGGUUAAAAUGCUGGAUCCGAGUUGCAACGUAAAUGAUUUCCUUCAGAAAUUGAUGGACCCGCCUGUUGAUCAGAGUAUUGCAAAUGCCUUAACCACCCUUAAAGACAUUGGUGCUUUGACACCUCAAGAAGAGCUAACAGAACUUGGACAGAAAUUUGGUCAGCUUCCAGUUCAUCCUCGGAUAAGCAAGAUGCUUUAUUUCGCCAUAUUAGUGAACUGUCUGGAUCCAGCACUUAUUUUGGCAUGUGCAGCCGACACCAAGGAUCCGUUUACCAUGCCCUUGAUGCCAGGUGAAAAAAAAAAAGCUGUUGCCGCAAAACUUGAACUUGCAUCGCUUUAUGGAGGCCACAGUGAUCACCUUGCGACUGUCGCGGCUUUUCACUGCUGGAAAGAUGCCAAAAGAAAUGGUCAAUCUCAGGAGUUUUGUUCUCAGUACUUCGUCUCCCCAAAUGCCAUGAAGAUGCUGGAUAAUAUGCGUGACAAGCUUCACGGGGAACUUCAAAGACAUGGGCUAAUCCCUAGCAAUGAUUCAAAAUGUAGUCUGAAUGCUCACGAUCCGGGAAUUCUCCGUGCUGUUCUAGCAGUAGGAUUGUACCCUAUGGUGGGAAGAAUGUGCCCACCUUCCAAGAAUAAUAGAAGGUCUCUAGUAGAGACUAUUACUGGAGCCAAAGUUCGUGUGCUUUCAAACUAUUUCAACAUGUCCUCUGGCAAGGAUGAUGAAGCUAUAAUUAUUUUUGAUGAGAUCACUCGAGGAGAUUGGGACGUGCACAUAAGAAAAAGUACUGCUCUUCCCACUAUACCAUUGUUACUCUUUUCAGGAGAGAUAGCUGUGGCUUCUACAGAGAGCUGUGAUGCUGAUAAGAGUGAUGACGAGGAAGACCACAAAGUAGAAAAUGUAGAUGUGAUGCACAUAGAUAAAGCAGGUGGUAGGCCUGGAGAGAGAAUAAUGCUCGCACCGGAAAAUUCAGUCCAGGUGGUUGUGGAUCGGUGGCUCCCUUUUGAGAUUACAGCUUUUGAAAUUGCCCAAAUGUACAUCUUGAGAGAGCGACUAAUGGCGUCCAUUUUGUUCAAGGUAAAACAUCCACAAGAAAAUUUGCCGCCACAUCUCGGAGCUUCUAUGUAUGCAAUAGCAUGUAUUCUCUCAUAUGAUGGCCUCCCCAAACAUUCAGUUCAAACUGUUGCUGUGGAACCCAUUGCUUCAGUGGUAGAUGCAACGGGUCUCAGAGAUGACAUACCUUCUGCUAAACCCAAUGGGAGUCAGAAAAAUGACCCGAACAAUACUCCAAUGGGGUCAAAACUCAAAUCAGCCAAUACGUCAGGUUUGUGUAACAUGGAAGAGAGCUUGCCUUCCAAUCUCGCUGAUGGGAAUGUGCAACCUGACCCAAACACUGCUCCAAUGGAAGCUGUUUCAGCGGUUCAGCAACCAAAGAAGAAGCAGUCAAGGUCCAAAAGGUGCAAGUCAGUCAAUAACGUGGAUUUGGGGAACAUGGAAGACAACACGCCUUCUGAUCUGGCUAAUGGGAAUGAGCAAACAGAGGUUAAGCCAGCCAACAAAUCGGAUUUGGGUUUCAUGAUGGAGAGCUUGCCGUCCAAUCUUGCUAAUGGAAAUGAACAAGACCCAAACACUGCACCGACCGAAGCUGCUUUGGCAGUUAAGGAACCAGAGAAGAAGCGAUCAAGGUCCAAAAAGCGGAAAUCAGCCAACGAAUCGGAUUUGGGUAACAUGAUACAGAGCUUGCCUUCUACUCUUGCUAAUGGAAAUGGACAACCUGACCCAAACACUGCUCUGACAGAAGCUGCUUCCGCAGUUAAGGAACCAGAGAAGAAGCGAUCAAGGUCCAAAAAGCGGAAAUCAGCCAACAACUCGGAUUUGGGUAACAUGGAAGAGAACAAGCUCAAGUCGGACUCAGGUAAGGAGAAAGAGAGCAUCCAUGCCAAUCUUGCCAAUGGGAAUGAGCAACCUGACCCAGCCACUGCUCCAAUGGAAAAUGCUUAGCUAGGUACUUGAAUUCAGGUAAUAACAUAUAUGGAAGAGAACGUGCUUUCCUCUAAUGGGAAUGAACAAUCAAUAAACAGUGGUCUUACCGAAGCUGUAUA